AUGGAAGGUCUCUUUGACAAACUUCCCAAGGAAAUUAAGGAAGCUUUCCGUAAUAUUUGUUUGGAAGACUUGAAGAAGGCCAUACCCAAUAUCACGACCGAAGACCUCAAAGAGCUCGCGGCGACUAUUAAGAACCGCACCGAAAAUAUUAGCGCUGAAGAUAUCAAUGAUCUUUUCGCAGCUGCGAAAGAAAAGUGCGAAAAUAAUUCCAUCCAGGCCGCAAUCCUGGGCCUGCAGAUUCUAAUUAUGGUUUUUCCCUUCGCUAUGAUCACGCCACUCCUGGCUGUGCUUGGGUUUGGCAGCACCGGCCCCGUACUUGGCUCCCUUGCCGCAUAUUUUCAAUCAAUGUAUGGUGUGAACGCUGUAUUCAGCCUGCUCCAGAGUGCUGCUAUGGGUGGCUAUGGGGCGCCAAUUGUGUCUAACAUUGCCAGGGGUUUCAGUUUCGCAUCUUGGGUUUGGGCUAAUUCCACAACGACCAAGACAACUGAAGGAGAAUAA